AAAGUCGCAUACGGUACUAUGGGCGGUGUUUACUGCUGGACAAGCCAAACUACCGAGGCCAACAGCACCGUACAUGCGAUAUUUUAUGUGUUGGUCCAUAUUACCCGUCAAACAGAUAUGUUGAUGUUUGUCUGUCCGUAUCUUUCAUGGUGAUCUUCGGAGGAGUAGAACCAUUGCUGUCUGUUUCCAGCCUGCUUCAGCAAGCGCGAAGUUCUGCUCACUAACCCAGCAAAUAUGAAGGAAAUUGGGCAAGGAGUUGGUGCACGGAUGUCUUAAAAACGAAAGGCCGAUUGAAAACUGCAUUUUCUAUUUUCGAUGCCUUGGCCAAGAUGAGCGUGAAGGCCUUUGAGCUCAUCCCUGCUGUGGAGAGGGAUCUCCUAAUGGGCGAUAAGGCUCGUAUCAACAUUGAAUGUAUCGAAUGUUGUGGAAAACAUUUGUAUGUGGGAACCAACGAUUGCUUCAUUCACCACUUCCUGCUCGACGAGGUUACUUCCGCCAAAGGAAGACCGAGCUACUCAGCUCAGAAACUGCUGCACAAAUACUUGGGCCUUAAGAAGCCAGUGGCUGAAUUGCGGGCUGCCUCAGCUUUGGAGCGUCUCAUAGUGCUUUGUGAUGGAAUUGUUUUCCUUGUCGACAUGGUCACUCUGGAAAAUGUGCCAUCAGCAGCCGGUGGUGGUGCCAGGAUUAGAGGUGUUACGACAUUCUGCAUUAAUGAGAAUCCUGUGAACGGUGAUCCAUUCUGCGUGGAGAUGGGUGUCCUUUCCUUAAAGCGUAGGACAGUGCAAAUUUACAUGGUUUAUGAAGACAGAGUGCAACUGGUCAAAGAAGUGAGCACACCAGAGCAACCCUGUGCUGUCAGUCUUGAUGGUUACUUUCUGUGCCUGGCGUUGGCAACUCAGUACAUGAUCCUAAACUACAAGACAGAAGCUGCCCAAGAUCUUUUCCCUUACAACAGUGAAGAGCGGAGACCCAUUGUAAAGAGGAUUGCCCGGGAGGAAUUUCUUUUGGCGGCACCGGGUGGUCUUGGAAUGUUCGCUAACGCGGAAGGAGCUUCUCAACGGGCCCCAGUCAACUGGUCUGAGAGUGUCAUUGGUGCAGCUGUGUGCUUCCCAUAUGUGGUGGCCUUGGAUGAGAGCUUCAUUACCAUUCACAGUAUGUUGGAUCAACAGCUGAAACAGACACUUUCGUUCAGGGAUGGAAACAUCCUCCAAGACUUUGAAGGCAAGGUGAUUGUGGCGUCCACCAAAGCUGUAUAUAUUCUGGUGGCCUUACCGCUGGAGAGACAGAUCCAGGAUUUGCUGGCCAGCCACAGAGUGGAGGAGGCACUUGUUCUCUUAGAGGGAGCACAAAUAAAUAUUCCUAAAGAAAAGUUCCUGGUUUUGCACAAAAGAAUCCUGCAGCAGGCAGGCUUCAUACAGUUUGGUAAACUUCAGUUUGUAGAAGCAAAAGAACAUUUCAGGAAAGGUCAGCUGGAUGUACGUGAGCUGAUUUCCCUCUACCCACUGCUACUGCCAGCUUCAUCCUCAUUCACACGCUGCCACCCGCCUCUUCAUGAGUUUGCAGAUCUCAACCACCUGGCACAAGGUGAUCAGGAAAAAAUAUUGAAAUGCAAGAAAUUCCUGAUCAGUUAUUUGACAGAGGUCCGAAGCACACAAGUACCUAACGGUUGCAGAGAAGAUGUAGACACUGUAUUGUUAAAGUUGUAUGCUGAACAGGAUCACGAGAGCCUCUUAGACCUACUAGUAUCAGACAACGCCUGCCUGCUCGCAGACUGUGUCCCAUGGCUGGAGAAAUAUCACAAGUAUUUUGCACUUGGGCUGCUUUACCAUUCUAAUGGUCAGGAUCUUGCAGCACUUCAGGUGUGGGUUCGUGUUGUAGACAAGGAACUGCAGGAUUCUACUAGACCUGAUCUGUUUGAGUACAUUGUAGAUUUUCUUUGCUACAAUGCCGAUCAGGACCUUGUGUGGAAGUAUGCAAACUGGGCCCUACACAAGAAUCCCACUACAGCUGUCCACAUCUUCACAAACAGGUCUGUGGGUAAAGUCCAACCAGAACUUCAACCUAAAGAUGUCAUCACAUACCUUGAAAAGCACAGGGAGGCUCUUCUUCUCUACUUGGAACACCUGGUACUUGAAAGAAAAAUCCAGGAGGAGCAAUUUCACACACAUUUGGCAGUCUUAUACCUAGAAAGGGUCUUAUCUUUACUGUCAGACUCUCCAACUAAUGAAGAGAAGCUCAGCAAAAGCAGAGAGAAGCUCCAGUCUCUACUCAGGGUAUCAGAGCUGUACAGAGCUCAGUAUCUUUUAGGUAAGAUGGAUAACUGUGAACUGUUGCUGCUGGAGCGUGCAACUCUAUACGGAAAACUGGGGGACCAUGAUAAAGCACUCCACAUUUUAGUACAUAAACUUAGAGACUUUAAAUCUGCGGAGGCCUUUUGUAUUUGGACCUCAUCUAAUCGGGAUUCUACUUACCGACAAAAGCUGUUCCACCUCCUCCUGGAGAUGUAUCUUGACAAAAGCGACACAGGGAAAUCCCCACCAACACUGUGCAAAGACAGUGGAGAUCUGGAAAUGGCAGCAGUCGAUCUCUUGAAUCGUCAUGGAGAGUUGUUUGAUCCAGUCCAUGUGCUGAGGACACUGCCAGAUGGCUGGUCGCUGCAGUUGCUUCGACCCUUUCUAAGCCGAACAAUUAGGGCCAGUAUGCAUGCCUCCCGUACGUCACAGAUUGCCCUUGGGCUUGCCCAUUCAGAACACCUUCAACUACUGCAGGACAAGUUGAAAGAAACAAAGAAGCCAAUUUCUGUGUCUGCAAAGAAAGGAUGCCACUUAUGCCACAACACCUUCAGUGACACUGACGUGGUGUGUUUGCCAGGUGGUGUGCCUGUCCACAAACACUGUGCCGCCCAAAGAAUAAGAGACUCCCCUACAAAGAGACAGUUGACUAACACCAGCAACCACACGUGAGCCCUGGCCGUCACACUUUUCAUGAAAAAGGACCAAAACCCAGCUGGGUGUACAGCCUUUUGGGACAGCUAAUGACUUUGUGGAUGAGGACAAUGCAUUCGUCACUGUGGUCAGAUCUCCAAUGGAGUCUGCAACAAUCACCAAGACAGCUAUGUGUUUCUGGCAAAAGGAUUGCGGAUGUAUGAUGGAGAGCAUAUUCUAUAAGAGUGGCAUGAAGUUGAACAAUCAGAAUAUUUCACUCGUUCAAAGCCAAAUGAAUGGUCCUUUAUCAAUAUGAUAAAAAACAAAACAAAAAAACCUACAGAUACAAAUUCCUACACACAUCUGAUGCAUCACUGUACGUUCGUCCUAACCCUUUGAUUUCACUCAGAAUGACUUGUCAACAGAUCAUACUGCCUUAGUUGUGUUCUGAUGAGAGAACUUGUCAUAACAGGCUUACAUGCACAAUGCAGGCGUGUUGGAUACCAAAUUGAAAUACAUACAACAUAAGACCUGGUAUUCCAGAUCAAUAAGGUAUUUCUAUUGUUGGCAUUCUGCUGUGAAAAUCCCGGUUGUUUUAAGUAAUAUAAAUGCAUCAUUAUUCAGUGUUUUAUCUGGUGAUUGAUGCCUACCGUGUUGCUUUUCCCAUUUGAUUCCAUUUAUUCGUUGCAGACCUCAAAAUUACCUAUGUGCAAAUGACAAGACUUUUUCUUAACUAAACCACAAAGCUAAAAUUCUAAGCACGCGGUGAUUACUCCUCUUUGUUGUUGUUUUUUUUUUUCCAUCGGAAUUUUUUUCGUAGUUGAUAUGAUGCCCAUUGCUCUAGUUUCCAUUGUUAUCCACAAGGUGACAAGGUAUAGAAUGCAUGCAGUGCGAAUCUGGCAUGAAAAUGAAUGGACCUAAUGUAUUUUACGGCACUAUGCUCUCUUCUAGCUUAGGUGAGCAACAUUUAAAUGACUUCCAUCAGUCAUUCGUUUCCUGUGCUGAAAAAACACAUUUAAAAAGGGAAGGUGGUAUUGCUUUAUUUUAUUGAUAAGGAAAUAUAACUAAAUAAUUUGUGUGUAUCACUGUCAAAAACACUUUUCAUGAUGGAUGAUGAGAUUGCCUUUUACUGUGGUUUAGCACAGGAGAGAAUUUGUAUGAAAAUAAAACCAC